UAACUUUUCCGAAUUACUUCACAUAGAAGAGUGAGUUAGCUGGAGAAAUGUCAUCAAAGAUUCAACUUCUGGAAGAUAAUAUUGAUCAAGUUAAUAAAGAAAAUGAAGAUCUAAACUCGAAACUUAAUGCUCAGUUUAGAAACAAUGAACAACUAGCAAGAUUGAAUGAGGAGUUAGAACAACGAGUGAAUGAACUCACGCAAGAUUCAAAUGAUACGAAAACAUCCAAUGAAGAACAUGAGAGAUUGUUGGAGCAAGCGCAUAGUGAUAAAAUGACAAUAUCCAGGGCGUUGACGCAAAAUAAGAAUCUAAAACAUCAGUUGGAAGAAAUGCAUGAAACAUUUGUAAAACUUACCAAUGAUAAAAUGGAGCUAGCCAGUCGACUUUCAACAUAUGAGUAUAAAGAAAAUGAAAUGAAUGAAGAAAUAGGAAAAUAUAAACCUUAUGUUGGAGUGCUUGAACAAAAGUUAUCCGCAAUACAAGCUGAACAUGUUCAGUUACAAAACCUAUUUCAACAAACGCAACAACAGCUACAAUUAAAGCAACAAGGAACAACUGAUGUCAAUUUAAGUUUAAGAGAAGAAGUUUCAACUUGUAAUGAAACCAUCACUUUGUUAAGAGAGCAAAAUGAUGAGUUGAAAUCUAAAGUUGUUGAUCUGCAACAACAAAAUGAUAACGCAGCACUGGAAACAUCAUUAAGCAAUAAAACGAAUGAGCAAGAUAUUCCACAGGGUGGUGUAAUGAGCUUGCCACAAGUAUUAGCGGAGCGUGACUUUUUGGCCAAUCAAAUCGAAGAACAUAAGUCGGAACAUUUGAAACUCGUGAACAAACUUGAACAGCUUAAAGAAGAGAAGUCGUCAACUACAAGUGUCAAUCCGAAGUAUGAGGAGUUGGCACGGAACAUGUCACUACUUCAGGAUCGAUUUGCUUCUGUUAUGAAAGGAAAGGUUGAAGCUGAGAGUAGAGUGGAGGAUCUUGAACAUAUUAAUCUUCAACUACAGAAUGAAUGUGACACUAUUGGUGAAUACAUCACUUUGUAUCACAACCAGCGUCAAAUAUUAAAACAACGUCACAACGAAAAAGAUGAAUAUGUUUCAUCUAUGGCACAUGAACGAGAGGCCAUGCAGAAAAAGUUGGAGAAAUUACAGUCAUUGGUUCUUUCUUUAUUAAAUGCUCGAGGAAGUUUGAAAACAAACUUAACUUCCACACCUAAUCGUGGUAAUAUACACAACUCAUCUGAUGCUGAUGUUACUACAUUAGAUGGUUCUCCAUAUAAACCAACUUUUGUUGACUGGCCAGAUAUGCUGGAGGAUGAAGAAAUGAAACAACAACAUAUCUCAAGACCUGAUAUAUUACCAGAAGAUGCUUCAUUACCACCAAUACACCACGCACCAACUAACAACCAGCACAAUGUACCAGGAAAGUUAGAACGUUUAGAAACGGGUACUACAGACAAUGAAACCACAACGGCUAACCAGAUAGUUGAUUUAAUUGAACAAAUGCAAAAUCCUUCAUUUAUGAAUUCUGAUAAAGCACCACGUGGAUUUUGCCUUCGUUAUAUGGGUCGUUAUACUGCUGUUUAGUAUCUUAUUCUGCACAAAUAGUAUAGCUACUAUGUGUAUAAAUGUAAAAAAUAUAAAAAAUUUAUAUGGUAUGCAGUUUUACUACAGCUUUUUGUCAUUUCACUUUAUUUUCUUGCGGUGCCAAUUAGGCUGAAAUGAAAACUAAAUCACAGAUGGUAUGAGGAAUUUCAAAUGUUAUCACUACUGUGCAAUAACAUUACUGUGCUUUACAAUGUGAUAUCAAAUGAAUUAGUUGUUUAGGUUAUCAUUCAAAACGGCAUAUUGUUGCUAUUUAUUCUCAUGCAUUUUUAGGUGUUCUUAGUAUGCAAAUAUACCAUCAAAAAUUGUA